AUGGAGACAGGGGGGCCUCCUGCUGCACCAGGCCAGCCUGGCCAACCCGGUCAGCCAGGCCCGGUGCUGGGGCUUCGGAGUCUCUCCUUUGCCUACCAGGGAUUGCUAGAGAUCCCCUACGAAGUCAUACUAGCCCAGCGAGACACCCUGGAAGUGUUGGACCUCAGCUACAACCUGCUGGAGGAGUAUCCUUCUGCUAUGAGCCCUAUAGAGACAGAGGCAAAUACACACAUAUUACAUACACAUGUGCUACACACACACACACACACACACACAAUCUCUCUUGUCAAAACACACAUACACAUCUGAAGUCCAUCUCUCUCUUUCACGCACAAAUCAGAGACAUGCUAUGCAUGUGUACUAUACUAUUAACACACAGUCUACCUGGCAAUGUUUCUCCUUCACUCAGCUGCCAACGGAGCCCAGCUCUCCUGGGUGAACUGGAGAAGCUCAGUACUCUGAUCCUGGACUGCAACAGCUACUCGUCCCACGUCAAGUUCCCCUACAUGCCUAGUGUCACCACCGUGUGGAUCAACAAGAAUAAGAUCGGCAACCUGCCCAUCUUCGUUGAGGAGAUCCGAAGCAAGUUCCCCAACAUCAAGUAAGACUGGCUUUUACUGAAGUCAUUGGGGCAGUGUGUGUUUUUGCUUGGGUGUAAGUUUCUGUUGAAGCCAACACCUUUGUUGUUAUCAUUCCAAACUGCGUUCAGUAGGGUGCAACAUUGUGGAGCAUUGAACAGACAUGUUAAUACAAUGUUCAAAAAACAUGAGAGCAUAACACAAAGACCAUUUUCAAGUUUCAAGUUUUAAUGUCACAUGCACAAGUACAAUGCAGUAAUACAUAUUAAUGUAGUCCUAAAAGCAACAUAAGGUAGAACAAAAACACACAAGAAAUAAGAAGAACACAAGAAAGUAAGUAAACUCUAUACAGGGUUAGUUCCAAUACCAUAUUUACAAUGUGCAGGGAUACUGGAGUGAUAGAGGUAGACAUGUACAGUGCCUUGCAAAAGUAUUCAUUCCCCUUGGUGUUUUUCCUAUUUUGUUGCAUUACAACCUGUAAUUUAAAUUGAUUUUUAUUUGGAUUUCAUGUAAAGGACAUACACAAAAUAGUCCAAAUUGGUGAAGUGUAAUGAAAAAAAGUACUUGUUUAAAAAAAUUUGAACAAAUAAAUAACGGAAAAGUGGUGCGUGCAUAUGUAUUCACCCCCUUUGCUAUGAAGCCCCUAAAUAAGAUCUGGUGCAACCAAUUACCUUCAGAAGUCACAUAAUUAGUUAAAUAAAGUCCACCUGUGUGCAGUCUAAGUGUCACAUGAUCUGUCACAUGAUCUCAGUAUAUAUACACCUGUUCUGAAAGGCCCCAGAGUCUGCAACACCACUAAGCAAGGGGCACCACCAAGCAAGCGGCACCAUGAAGACCAAGGAGCUCUCCAAACAGGUUAGGGACAAAGUUGUGGAGAAGUAAAGAUCAGGGUUGGUUUAUAAAAAAAUAUCAGAAACUUUGAACAUCCCACGGAGCACCAUUAAAUCCAUAAUUAGAAAAUGGAAAGAAUAUGGCACCACAAAAAAUCUGCCAAGAGAGGGCCGCCCACCAAAACUCAUGGACCAGGCAAGGAGGGCAUUAAUCAGAUAGGCAACAAAGAGACCAAAGAUAACCCUGAAGGAGCUGCAAAGCUCCACAGCAGAGAUUGGAGUAUCUGUCCAUAGGACAACUUUAAGCUGUACACUCCACAGAGCUGGGCUUUACGGAAGUGUGGCCAGAAAAAAGCCAUUGCUUAAAGAAAAAAAUAAGCAAACACGUUUGGUGUUCGCCAAAAUGCAUGUGGGAGACUCCCCAAACAUAUGGAAGAAGGUACUCUGGUCAGAUGAGACUAACAUUGAGCUUUUUGGCCAUCAAGGAAAACGCUAUGUCUGGCGCAAACCCAACACCUCUCAUCACCCCGAGAACACCAUCCCCACAGUGAAGCAUGGUGGUGGCAGCAUCAUGCUGUGGGGAUGUUUCUCAUCGACAGGGACUGGGAAACUGGUCAGAAUUGAAGGAUUGUUGGAUGGCGCUAAAUACAGGGAAAUUCUUGAGGGAAACCUGUUUCAGUCUUCCAGAGAUUUGAGACUGGGACGGAGGUUCACCUUCCAGCAGGACAAUGACCCUAAGCAUACUGCUAAAGCAACACUUGAGUGGUUUAAGGGGAAACAUUUACAUGUCUUGGAAUGGCCUAGUCAAAGCACAGACCUCAAUCGAAUUGAGAAUCUGUGGUAUGACAAAGAUUGCUGUACACCAGCGGAACCCAUCCAACUUGAAGGCACUGGAGCAGUUUUGCCUUGAAGAAUGGGCAAGAAUCCCAGUGGCUAGAUGUGCCAAGCUUAUAGAGACAUACCCCAAGAGACUUGAAGCUGUAAAUUCUGCUAAAGAUGGCUCUACAUAGUAUUGACUUAGUAUUGAAUAGUUUUUUUGGGUCUUAUUUCUUGUUUGUUUCACAAUAAAAAAUAUUUAGCAUCUUCAAAGUGGUAGGCAUGUUGUAUAAAUCAAAUGAUACAAACCCACAAAAAAAUCAAUUUUAAUUCCAGGUUUUAAGGCAAUAAAAUAGGAAAAAUGCCAAAGGGGGUGAAUACAUUCGCAAGCCACUGUAUAAGGGUAAGGUGACUAGGCAUUUAAGUGUUGUUGUUCGACCUCUGGAUGUUUUUACUUAAUUUAGGAUUGUCAGCAUGAUGAACAAUGAAGCAGCACCCAGCUACUUCAAUGGAGGGAAUCUAGACCAGUACAUAGACUACAGGUGAGCUUGAGUGAACACAGCUGAUACACUAAAGCUGCACCUUUUUGAUCAGAUGUCUUUUUAGAUUUAGAUGAGAAGGAUGUGUUGUGUAACCUUACAGUCAUAGGAACAUGACAUGAUUCUAUAUCUCAAAAUAAGUUCGUUGAAAUUGUGUGAUUUACAGUACAUUCGGAAAGACAUUUUGUUAGGUUACAGCCUUAUUCUAAAAUUGAUUUCAAUCUACACACAAAAAUACUUGCGGGUCGGUUUUGGAACGCGGGUCGCCUGUUGCCGACCCCCGCUAUAUACCAGACUUACUGUCCCUCAUCAACAUGUUCUGUCAUUACUACAGUAUGAAAUUAUGUGCUUUAUGCUUUUUGUGUCUCGCCCACAAACAUGAUCCUCCUCUGGCCACACAGGCAGUAUGUGAUCAGUCAGAUCCCAAGCCUGAAGAUCCUGGAUGACGCUGAGGUUUUGGAUAAAGAGAGAGCACAGGCUAAGAAGACCUAUAGGAUGCAGAGGACCAGAGAAGGCAGCAAAAGGAGGAAGGAACUCCAUCAUUGA